GAUUGUACAUCCCGAUCCAUCUCCCCUCGAAAUUCAGUAACCGUCUGAUCGGAAACUGAGCGAAAGCAGAGCCGUUUGGUCAACGAAAAAAGCAAUAUGUACCAGUGGAGGAAGUUCGAAUUCUUCGAGGAAAAAUACGGAGGUAAGAGCACGAUUCCGGAGGAAGUUACGGGAAAGAUCACGUGCUGCUCAAGUGGCAGAGGCAAGGUAGUGAUCGGCUGCGACGACGGUUCCGUGAGCCUCCUCGAUCGUGGCCUCAAGUUCAAUUUCGGCUUUCAAGCUCAUUCUUCUUCUGUCCUCUACCUCCAGCAGCUCAAGCAAAGGAACUUUCUGGUAACUGUUGGAGAAGAUGAACAAGUAUCGCCACAACAAUCGGCUACCUGUCUCAAGGUUUUUGACCUCGAUAAAAUGGAACCAGAGGGAACUAGCUCGACAAGUCCUGAUUGUAUUGGAAUUUUGCGAAUAUUUACUAUUCAGUUUCCUGAAGCUAAGAUAACUUCAUUUCUAGUACUAGAAGAAGCUCCACCGAUACUUCUUAUAGCUAUUGGUUUAGAUAAUGGUUUUAUUUACUGCAUCAAAGGAGAUAUUGCGAGGGAACGUAUUACCCGUUUCAAACUUCAGGUGGAUAAUCAGAAUGAGAGUCAAUGCUCUAUCAAGGGAUUAGGGUUCAGAGUGGAUGGUCAAGCUCUUCAAUUAUUUUCUGUGACUCCAAAUUCAGUGUGCUUGUUCAGCUUGCAGAACCAGCCACCUAGGAGGCAAGUCCUGGAUCAGACUGGAAGCAGUGCCAAUAGUGUUGCAAUGAGUGAUCGCUCGGAGUUGAUAAUUGGUCGACCUGAGGCUGUGUAUUUUUAUGAUGUUGAUGGGCGUGGUCCUUGUUGGGCUUUUGAAGGGGAGAAAAGGUUUUUAGGAUGGUUUCGUGGAUACCUUUUAUGUGUCAUUGCAGAUCAAAGAAAUGACAAGAAUAUUUUCAAUGUUUAUGACCUGAAGAAUCGUUUAAUAGCCCACAGUCUAGUGGUUAAAAAGGUUUCUCACAUGCUAUGUGAGUGGGGCAAUAUAAUACUUAUAUUGGCAGACAAAUCAGUUUUGUGUAUUGGAGAGAAGGAUAUGGAAAGCAAAUUAGAUAUGCUCUUUAAGAAAAACCUUUAUACAGUUGCUAUCAAUCUUGUUCAAAGUCAGCAGGCUGAUCCUGCUGCAACUUCAGAAGUGUUAAGGAAGUAUGGGGAUCAUCUUUAUAGCAAACAGGAUUAUGAUGAGGCCAUGGCGCAGUACAUUAACACCAUUGGUCACCUUGAACCUUCAUAUGUAAUACAGAAGUUUCUUGAUGCACAGAGAAUCUAUAACCUUACAAAUUACUUGGAAAAGUUGCAUGAAAAGGGGCUUGCUUCUAAAGAUCAUACAACUCUUUUGUUAAACUGCUACACCAAAUUGAAAGAUGUUGAAAAGUUGAAUUUAUUCAUUAAAAGUGAGGAUGGUGUUGGGGAACAUAAGUUUGAUGUUGAGACUGCUAUAAGGGUCUGUCGUGCUGCCAAUUACCAUGAGCAUGCCAUGUAUGUUGCUAAGAAGGCAGGGAGGCAUGAGUUGUACUUGAAGAUUUUACUUGAGGACCUUGGUAGAUAUGAUGAAGCGUUGCAAUAUAUCACAAGCCUUGAACCUAGUCAAGCUGGGGUGACCGUGAAAGAGUAUGGUAAAAUUCUCAUAGAGCACAAGCCAGUGGAGACAAUUGACAUACUCAUGACCCUUUGUACUGAGGAUGGAGAAUCUACUAAAAGAGGAACUUCAAGCAGCACAUACAUAUCUAUGUUGCCCUCUCCUGUUGAUUUUCUUAACAUUUUUGUCCAUAAUCCACUGUCCCUUAUGGAUUUUCUUGAAAAAUAUACCAACAAGGUGAAAGACUCACCUGCUCAAGUAGAAAUUCAUAACACUCUCUUGGAGCUGUACCUGUCCAAUGACUUGAACUUUCCAUCAAUCUCACAAGUCAGCAAUGGGGUAGAUCUUAGUCUUGAAACAAGAUCAGGACCAUCUGUGGCAUCAAAAGCUGAGUCCAAUGGAAAAUUAACUGCUGAUCGUAAAGACAUAUAUAAGGAGAAGGACCGCCUGGAAAGGUGUGAGAAGGGGCUACAGUUACUUAAGAAUGCAUGGCCGUCUGACCUGGAACAUCCACUUUAUGAUGUUGAUCUGGCCAUAAUUCUUUGUGAAAUGAAUGCAUUUAAAGAAGGGCUUUUGUAUUUGUAUGAGAAGAUGAAACUUUAUAAAGAGGUAAUUGCUUGCUACAUGCAGGCCCAUGAUCAUGACGGUUUGAUUGCUUGCUGCAAAAGGCUGGGAGAUUCAGGUAAAGGAGGAGAUCCAUCUCUUUGGGCAGAUCUGCUGAAGUAUUUUGGUGAACUUGGAGAAGAUUGCUCCAAUGAAGUAAAGGAAGUUUUGACGUAUAUUGAAAGGGAUGACAUCUUGCCUCCUAUUAUUGUUCUCCAGACGCUGUCCAGGAAUCCAUGUCUCACACUCUCUGUCAUAAAGGAUUAUAUUGCUCGUAAGCUUGAACAGGAAUCUAAGUUAAUUGAAGAUGACCGGCGAGCUAUUGAGAAGUACCAGGAAGAUACUUCGGCAAUGAGAAAAGAAAUUCAGGAUCUUAGGACAAAUGCUAGAAUCUUUCAGCUCAGCAAGUGCACUGCAUGCACUUUCACCCUUGAUCUUCCUGCUGUGCACUUUAUGUGUAUGCACUCAUUCCAUCAGCGGUGCCUUGGUGACAAUGAAAAAGAAUGUCCAGAAUGUGCUCCAGAGUACAGAUCUGUUAUGGAAAUGAAGAGAAGCUUGGAGCAGAAUUCCAAAGAUCAAGAUCGGUUUUUCCAGCAAGUAAAGAGCUCGAAGGAUGGGUUUUCUGUGAUUGCUGAGUAUUUUGGGAAGGGGGUCAUUAGCAAAACCAGUAAUGGACGACCCGCAGGCACUCUUAGGUCAGGCAGUACAUCUUCCAGCACCGGAUUCUGAAGUUUGUUGAUUGUUGAAGGCAGUUCGUGUCAACCAUAUUUCUCUUGUUCAUUUCCUUUCAAGCUCAAUGUUAUCGGGGAAGCCACAAUGAUUUGAUUUGGGAUAGAGUGACUCUGAGGUUGCCACGUCAAGGUUCAAUGGCCUGGACAUUGCUUAUUCAGAUCAAGCCUUGAUUAGGAUGGCAGUCCUCUAAAAAAGGAAUUCAAAUGACUCCACAGAAGAAUUAUCAAAAGAAGAGAUUUGGAGGUAUCAUUUGUGAUUUUUUGAGAGUUAAAAUUUCUGAGUUCAUUUUCCUUGGAGAGGAUUAUCAAAAUAUCUGAGUAGGUAUAUUUUUGUGCAAAUAACAGAUUAGAUCCUACAUUGUUAAAUUCCUUGGUUGAUUUUGUGUGAAGUUAUGGGUAGUUCCUUUUUUCAGCACGCAAACAAUUUUGGAGCAUUGAUUCAAAAUAUUGGUAACCACCUUUGUGCAUUGUUUAUCUGGCUUUUGACUGAGUCACAUACAAAAGGAGCUGUUGUUGCUUUGUAAUUAUCAUGUAACUUAUGAAUUUGAUUCCAAAUUGUCAAGCUUGUCACUAACUGAUAUUAGCAUUCCACAAGAUUAUGCAAUGUUUGGGAGUUUCCACAGCAUGAAUGAACCACCUUGUGGUUCUGGUUUGGUUAUAAUAUGUUCAUAAAUCCA